ACUUGGGUUUUGGUGCUUUGUUUCCUGAAAUGGGUUCAAUUGCUGUUCUUGCUGAUGACACCAAUUACAGAGAAAGUAAAGCAGCAGAAACACAUGAUCAGUACCUGCAGAAAGGAGUGAGGCACUUGUGUGAAAGAGGGCUCACUAGAAUUCCAACCAAGUACAUACUGCCGAAGGAAGAACGACGUAAUGAUUCGGCAAUAGGAGCAAAGACCAUUCUCAAGUUACCGAUUGUUGAUUUCACUCAGUUGCAAGAUUCCAGAAGCAGACCCCAAGCAUUGAACUCCCUCACAAAAGCUUGCGAAGAAUUUGGAGUUUUCCAGCUGAUUAAUCAUGGUAUCAACGAUGACGUUAUUUUAAGGAUGACAGAUGUAAGUAAAAGGUUUUUUGAUCUUCCGUUCGAUGAGAGAUCAAAGUACAUGUCAAAGGAUAUGGCUUCCCCAGCUAGGUAUGGAACAAGCUUUAACCAGAACAAUGAUAAAGUCUUCUGCUGGAGAGACUUUCUGAAGCUGAGUUGCAACCCUUUAUCAGACAGUAUUCCGUCUUGGCCAUCCUCUCCUGUGGACUUAAGAGAAACCGUAGUGAAUUACUCAAAGAACAUCAAUUUUUUGUAUCUAAAGCUGAUGGAGGCUGUUCUGGAGAGCCUUGGAUUGAAAGAAACGACAAAGAGUUUAAAAUCAGAGAAAACAGACACCAGAACCAACACUUCGAACGAAUUUGAAGAUGGAAGCCAACUGAUUGUGAUGAAUUGCUAUCCUGCAUGCCCUGAACCUGAUUUAACCCUAGGCAUGCCACCUCAUUCUGAUUACGGCAUCCUCACUCUUCUCCUUCAAGAUGAAGUUGAAGGUCUUCAAAUUCAGCACCAAGGAAAAUGGGUGACCGUCGAACCACUUCCGAAUUCAUUCAUCGUAAACGUUGGUGAUCAUCUUGAGAUAUUUAGCAAUGGGAGAUACAAGAGCGUGCUGCAUAGGGUUGUCGUCAACUCAUCCAUGUCUCGAGUCUCUGUUGCUUCUUUGCACAGCCUGCCAUUCGAUACCGUUGUUCGGCCCUCACAUAAACUCGUCAAUGAAGCCAACCCUCCUCGUUACAGGGACACAGACUUUGCGAACUUUCUUGAGUAUAUUGCUUCGUGUGAGCACCAGAGGACGAGUAAGAGCUUCUUGGAAUCGAGGAAAUUGGAUGAUUGACUUGGUGCCUGAUUACAAAUCAGAAAAAAUCUAGAACAUUGGUGAGAUGUGGACUGGGAUGUCUUGACCCAGCAUUUCCAGAAAUUUCCGAGUUCCGUAUAAUUGAGGAAAAUAAAAAGUAAAAUAUAAAUUAAUGAGCAGAGAACUAAAGUACGUAAUGUGAUACUUUGUGGCCCAUGCUAAAUUGCAGAUUAAUUCAUG